UGUUACUGAAAAGCCGAUUUCAAAGGGAAAGAAGCAUGGCUGCCUUCUUUAGGGGAUCUCAGAACUUCUUGCAAAAAUUCAACAAACAUGUCUGCUUUGCAAACGUUUCUUCCAGGGCCAUGGCCUCUAAAACCCCAGUCGGAUUCAUUGGGUUGGGGAAUAUGGGAAGCCACAUGGCGAAAAAUCUCCUGAAGCAUGGCUAUCCAGUUUUUGCUUCAGAUAUAUUUCCAGAAUCUUGUAAAGAAAUUCAAGAUUUAGGCGCACAGGUCUUGGAUUCUCCAGCAGAAGUUGCAGACCGAGCGGACAGAAUUAUCACCAUGUUGCCCUCCAGCCCGAAUGUAAUAGAGGUGUAUACAGGGCUAAAGGGAAUUUUGAAGAAAGUGAAGAAGGGUUCACUGCUGAUAGAUUCCAGUACUAUUGAUCCUUCUGUUUCCAAGGAAAUGGCCAAGGAGGCUGAAAAAAUGGGAGCAGUGUUUAUGGAUGCCCCAGUGUCUGGAGGUGUUGGAGCAGCAAGUUCUGGAAAACUUACUUUCAUGGUUGGCGGAGUGGAAGAGGAAUUCACUGCGGUUCAAGAGCUGUUAACCUGCAUGGGUACCAAUGUGGUAUACUGUGGUGAAGUUGGAACUGGUCAGGCAGCAAAGAUCUGCAACAACAUGCUGUUGGCUAUUAGUAUGAUUGGGACGGCUGAGACGAUGAAUCUUGGAAUCAGACUGGGGCUUGACCCCAAGCUAUUGUCGAAGAUCCUGAAUAUGAGCUCUGGUCGCUGCUGGUCAAGUGACACCUACAAUCCUGUUCCUGGAGUGAUGGAGGGGGUGCCCUCUGCCAACAACUACCAGGGAGGAUUUGGGACGACAUUAAUGACAAAGGAUCUGGGUUUAGCACAGGACUCUGCUACAAACACUAAAACUGCUAUUCCACUGGGAUCUUUAAGCCACCAGAUCUACAGGGUGAUGUGUGCUCGGGGCUAUGCUCAAAAAGACUUCUCGUCAGUCUUUCAGUUUCUCCGCGAGGAAGAAAAUCAGUAAAAAAUAAAGAAAUGCCUGUCUGUGCAUGUGUGCCUGGUAAAACCAAAUGCAGAACAGGUGCUCCAGUAGCUGGUAGAUGGUAUUUUGAAAGCCAGACACUUUGUAAGACAUAGGUGUGUUUUCACAGGUAAUGAGGGUCAUCUUGUAUUCAAUUUUUAGAAGCAAUUUUUUUUUUCAUUUUUUAUUAUUAUUUCAGCAAGGUAAUGUAAAGAGAAGUCUCUUCUAGUGGAGGUAAAAAAAUAUAAGCAAAAUGCCCCAAGAUUUUUCCCUACAACAGUGACUCUAUGGGAUGUGAGUUCUGGCACCAGAAUGACAGAAAACUGAAUGUAUUCAGCAUGAAAAAACACUGCUACAUCGUACACG